UUGAUCAAAUAUUUCUUAUCAAACCUGCUAUGAAUAAGAACGCUUUCUCAGUUCUCAAACUUCCAUACAGGCUUUAUCAGUGUCUGGAUGUAUACGAUAAAAUAAAGUAACCUAGUACUGACCCCGUUCAACAUCAGCUGCUUUACAUCCGAGGAUUGGACAACAUUAGGAUAAAGAGCUGUGUGGAUAAGGUUGCCACAGUAACUUUUGGUCUACUUUUGACACACCCAGAUACCAGCCAGACUCUUGUAUUUCUCAACUGUUAAUGUGAAAUCCACUGCUAGCCCUUCAGACAUCCUCAAGUGGUUUUAGGAAUCAGAAUCUAAGGAAAAGAAUAAUUUUUAGACAGUCACUCAUGUGCUGUGGUGCUUCACGUUCACCGAAUAAAGAUGUCGCCGUUGGUGCUGGGAGUCGGAGUGUGCUUAGCUGGGUGGAUUGCUCUUUAUGCUUUGCUGUGCUACACAAAUGGCUCUUGUGGCUAUGAAUGGAACUGUCGUCUAGUUACACUCUUCCAUGGCAUCCUUGCAGUCUUUAUAACUGCUUACAUUGGAUACAUAGAUGGACCGUGGCCUUUCACCUACCCAGGUACAAAGAACACCCCUCUGCAGAUCACCGCUAUGGUGGUCAGUCUGGGCUACUUUAUCUUUGACAUGGCCUGGUGUGUAUACUACCGCACAGAGGGCCUGGUGAUGCUUGCCCACCACACCAUGAGCAUCCUGGGUAUUCUGCUCACUCUGUGGCUGGAGGAGUCAGGCAUCGAGUCUUGCGCCGUGCUGUUUGGCAGCGAGAUCACAAACCCCCUCCUUCAGACGCGCUGGUUUUUGAAACACUCGGGCCGCUAUGACAGCUUCCUCGGAGAUGUGGUGGACGUUCUGUUCGUGCUGCUGUUUGUGUUCAUGCGUAUUUUCGUGGGUGGCACCAUGUUGUACUGUGAGCUGAUCUCUCCAAGACCCAAGUUUAUCAUUAAAUGUGGCGGUGUGGCCAUGUACGCGCUGUCCUGGGUGUUCAUGGUGGACAUCGCCCGCUUCGCAUACCGCAAAUCCCAGCUCAAAUCCCAGCGCUGGAUGAAUCGGCGCAGGAUGGUGGAGGUCAACGGGCAGGAUGUGAAGAGAGACUGAAAGAUCUCUCAGAUCAGUGCUUUGGCCUCUCGUUUCUAACACUGGAGAGAAGAAUGAGAAUCAGAACAAGUGUACCAGCUAAUAAAUAUCUGCAGCUAAUAGAUGUUUACAUAUUUUUAAAAAAGGAUUAGAUUUGGUCUUAAUGUUUUUUUUAUUAUUAUUUGCCAUUAUGAUUAACUCAAAAUUCUUACAAUCAAAUCUAAUUUGAUAUAUUUGUACUCAUAAGGAAUGACGUGUUUAAACUUUUAAGUACUGGAAAUAUUUGAUAUUUUUGUAAUUAGGAACACUACUUGUUAUAAAUUUUAAUUAGUGAUGUUGCUUUUACAUUAAACUUUUAGUACGUGCAAUAUUCCAAAAUGAUCACGAAACACUACUAAAUGUUUCUGGAAGGUUACUGAAUGAUUUGUUGUGUGAUUUUAAUGGUUUGAGUGAAAACGUAAAUCUUGUCUUUGAAAUGUAACCCAUUUUGAAAUGAUGUCUUACCAGCUGUUUGCAUCAGUUGUUUAUCUGUUAUGGUGAUUUGACCACACCUUGAUAAAUCAAUAAACAUCAUCAUCACCGUCAUCUGCAUCAUUACAAUAAUGUAUUUUAGAAUGUUGUAAUGUUGAAGUUGAUCAAUGAAAAUGUAUUAAAGUUUAUUCAAAGUCAUUGUGACUUUAAUUCA